UGUUGUGGUUGAUACGAUCAGUCUAGAGAAAACGCAAAAACACAAUUCUUGUCAAAUGCUCAUAGUCCAUAAAUAUAAGCCCAAACUUUAGUCUCCAGCGCUUAGUCAUUAACGGAACAAUUUAAUAGAAGGUUGAUAAGAAGACGCAACAAAGAAAGAAAUAACAAAAUACGAAAAAUGGACAAAGGCACGAUUUCUGUGUAUAUUCUUAUGCUGGCGACAGUUUCUCCUAUGUGGAAAGUGAUUGGUUCACAAUCUGUGGUCGAUUUGCUAUUGAGCACAGAACGUACUAUGAGCAGUAUUUGCCGGCUCACGAAAGAAUAUGGCAAAUUAUGUCAAUGUCGGCUAAACGUUUCUCGACCUUUAACACCACAAAAGAUCAACAAACCAGAAAUUGAAAUAUAUACCGAAAUGCAACAGACAGUAGUGAAAUUACUGACUGAGUUCAAACCCUUGGCCAUUGCGGAGAAAAGGCAGAAUCUAUCUGUCGACGUUGGAAAUAUCAUGACUUGGCUGAAAAGUAUUCAAACCUUUGUUGAUAAAUGGAUGGUAGACAAUAACAUCAGUGGAAACAUAACAAAAUCUUCGAUCACACCAACAUCUACUUCGGUCUUCCAAAGCAGACAGCACGACCGACUCAUGUUAAAGGCAAUGUUGAAUUUAAGAUACGAAAUCAUCAAGAUACGUCUUGCGUUGAAUGAAAUAAGAAAAAACGUGGCAAAGAGUGGCUCGUUUAUGAGCACUUGGACUAAAAAAGCUGACGUUCUAAACUUCACAUCUCCUCACAAAAUACAUGUUUCUUCUUAUGACUAUAAAACAGAUGAUUGUUUCUUGUCAGAUGUUAACACUACAGGUACAAAAGGCUGACAAGACCUUAAAUGAAAACAAGUGGCGAUAAAUCUUCAUUUAUUGCAAAAAAGGAAAUUAAUGUUUCAUAGCUGAAAGCUAAAUUAAUUAUAGCGUAACGUUUGAAAUAGUGCAUCCCAUUAAUUGACGAACAUAGACUUAGUGUAAAACGCAACCUGAUUGCAAGUAAUAUGGCUGCUUAAUUUGUUUUGUGAUAUCAAAAAGGUAGAGAUGUAUGGAAAAAUCAUGAGACAACAUUAUUUUUGAUAAUUCAGCAAAUUUCCAUAUUAAGUUAAAACAAUUAUCUGACUCAGCAUGUG